CAAAGAGAGGCGAAAAUGAUAGCUCCCAUCCACCUCGGGAAACAUGGGGCCAAGGCGAACCGGUUUCCAAACAAGAUUAGAUUUCGAGCAAAUCCCGACCCCCUCUUCUUUCCCAUCUCUAUCCUUUCCCAGCCACUCACUCGGUGCUGCUAUAAAUUUGGUGAAGCAAAACAUAAGAGGAAGCAGUUAAGAAGAACACUGCCGAACCGCACAGCAUCCAUAAUGAAGAAGCCUCAUUUGCUGCAUGAAGAGAUGAAGGAGCCGAUGGUGGACUGGUCCAUGCUUUGCGCGGACCUCCUCCGAGAAAUUGCCGCCUUCCUGCUCGCCGGCGACGUCGUCGACUACAUCGGGCUCCGCUCGGUGUGCAAAGCGUGGCGCUCGGCGACCGCAGACCCCCGGGGCGCCACCUUCCAUGCCCCUCCCCCUCGCUCCUGGAUCAUGCUCUGCUCCGACGGCGACGGCGGCAAGUUUCGCCACUUCUUCCACCUCUCCACCGGUAAGUCCCUCCGCCUCCGCCUCCCCGAGCUCGAUCACCAUAAGAUCAUCGGCUGCGCCGACGGCCUGCUGCUCCUGCAAGACAAAGCCACCGCCGCGGUCCGUCUCCUGAACCCCUUCACCAACUCUCUCACCCAUCUCCCUCCUCUUGAGGCCACCGAAGACGAAUUGGAUCCCUUGCGGGUGACGAGCGCUGCCGUCACUUUCUCCUUCUUUUCGGGUCUCUCUACCGUCCUGCUCUCGUUCUACCAUUCGCAGAGACUAGCUUUUGCUAAUGUCGGCGACGGCAGCUGGGUAAUGACGGAUCGUCUCGAGAAUUUCCAUUUCACGAGCACCUUGUGCUAUCAGGGCCGAUUCUACGCCACGGAUUACAAUGGAUCGAUCGCCGUCUGCAGCAUCGGCCCGCCGCCGACUGUGACCCCUGUCGUGGUCCAAUCCUUCGACCUUCAUGUGAUGAACUCGUAUCUGGUGGAGUCCGCCGGAGAUCUUUUGCUGGUCCGGAGGUACUACAGCUGCGCCAUCUCUGGCGGUUUCGUGGACACGAGCAAAUUCCAAGUUUUUAAGGUUGAUCUAAGCGGACGGGCACCGAGGCUGGUUCUCAUGAAGAGCUUGGGUGAUCGUGCUCUGUUCCUGGCUCAGGAUCGGACUCUAUCAGUCUCUGCAAAGGAUUUCCCUGGAAUUAGAGCCAAUUCCAUCUAUUUUGGUGUCUGUUCGCUUCAGGAUUCAGCUGGUGUGUUCCAUUUGGAGGAUGGCAGCUUUGAAUCCCUCUCUUACCACCAAGGCUCCAUGCAUGGAGGAAAGGCGGGAAAGGAGCUCCUCUGCCGCCCUUUCAGUCUCUUUGACCACCUCCUUUGCUACUGCGAGCAUGAAGAUUGGUCAAAGGGAGUGAUGUAUUCUGGCUUCUGUUAAUUAGUGCUUGGGAUGUGCUAAUAUUUCAAGGAUAUACUAAUUUGCUUGAGUGGUUGGUGAUAAGCAAAUCUGGUUGUACAGUAUGACUAUGACCUGUGUGAAGUACAGCAGAAAGAGACUUGUAAAGCUGCCUUGUUGUAAACCUACAGAAAUACUCAAUCAUAUACCAGUUUUCUAAACCUUUUUUUUUCACUUUGGUAGGUUAGAUUUCAUCCAAAUCUUAUCGUCAGCUUUGGUUCAAAACUAGGAUUAAUCCUUCUUUCAACAAAACAUUUGCAUUCUGGAGCACAUCCUUUCACUGAUGGAUAAAAGAAUUCACACUAUUUUUGUAUGAAGGCUGCAAGGUCUUACAAAUCAUGCCUGCCUGCACAACGUUCUAGAAAUUAUCCUUUGCAUUCUUGUGGAAAGAUAUUCUUGCAAGGUCUAAUAAAUAGGCCAUCGUUUAUGGGAAUCAGCUUACUGAUACCAAGAUCAACAACCACAAGGUAUUGUUCACAGAGAAGCCAUGCUUUAAAGAAAUAAAAGAGUUUGAAUGGCAGGUGCCUAGAACUUGAUAAGCACCACUGGGGCCUAAAGCAUUGCAGCAAACCAUAGUUGUAUGCAAUUAAUUCAUUUAAUGGUCACUGUUAAGCUUUUCUA